AUGCUGCUGAGCCUUCCAGCUUUUUUUACUUCGUUCUUCUCUGCUGUGAACCUUUACUAUCCCGAGAUUAUCGAUCCAAAUCUGAAACCAGCUGAUACACCACAAUCUGAGCUAGAUCCGGAGUAUGACUUCAUAAUUGUGGGGGCAGGCUCUGCCGGUUGUGUCUUGGCAAGCAGAUUGACGGAGAAUCCUGCCUGGAAGGUUCUUCUCAUUGAAGCUGGAGGAGACGAAGAUGCGAUUACAAGUACACCAUUUUUGACCGUUUUCUUGCAAAAUACAGAAAAGGACUGGAAUUACACAACUGUGCGACAAAAAAAUGCCUGUUUAAGCACAGAUGGAAUAUGCAGUUACCCUCGGGGAAGAGUGAUGGGCGGUAGUAGUUCUCUUAAUUACAUGCUUUACGUAAGAGGGAAUAAAGAAGACUACGAUAGUUGGGAAAGACACGGAAAUCCUGGAUGGAGCUAUGAGGAAGUACUGCCGUACUUUAUAAAAUCAGAAAACAAUAGGAUACCAUAUCUACGUUCUUCUCCACAUCAUGGAACAUCGGGUCCACUAAGCGUUCAACAAGGGCGUUACCAGAACGGGUUAGCCAGAGAUUUCAUCAAGGCUUCUGAAGAGAUUGGAUUUCAUUUUGGUGACUACAAUAACGGAAAUCAAAGAAACAUCGUCGGUGACGUGCAAUUCACCAUCAAAGGUCCUCUGAGACAUAGCACAUCCAGUGCUUUCUUAAAUCCGAACAAAAAUAGAGAAAACUUAAAGGUUAUCAAGAGAUCGCAAGUCAAAAAAAUUUUGAUACAAAAAAAUGUUGCCAAAGGCGUAGAGUAUGUCAGGAAUGGGAAAACCGAACAUACUUACGCCAAAGAGAUAAUUUUGUCAGCUGGAGCCAUAGAUACACCGAAACUUCUUAUGCUUUCAGGAAUAGGCCCAAAAGAGGAUCUCGAAAAACAUGGUAUUCCAGUCAACAGAAACCUUCCCGUCGGAGAGUCAUUCAGAGAUCAUAUCAUCUUCAGUUUAUUUUUUGAGAUGGAUAACGUUACAACGCACACUCCUGAUGUUUGGAGGACAGAAGAAAGUAUUAUCGAAUUCACAAAAGAGAAACAAGGACCUCUCUCUAGUAUGAUUAUUGAAGUCACUUCUUUUUUUAAUCCAUUUAAAAAGGAAUCCCCUCCAACGAUUCAGCUAAUGUACGGCACUGGAUACGCAGAUGUGUUAACAGGAUCAGAUAAGAACUUGCUUUGGGCUGUGGUUGGUUUACUCAAGCCCAAGAGUGUGGGAACCUUGAAACUGAACGGCAGUGACUAUAGAAAUCCUCCAUUGAUUGAUCCCAAUUAUCUUGCUGAAAAAGAUGACGUUGAACAUGUUAGAAAAGGAAUUGAAAAGAUUUUCGAAUUUACUAAAAGCCCCGCGAUGAAGAAAUAUUCUCCUCAAUUAAUCACUGAGUUUCAACCUGAAUGUAAGGAUAAGUCAGAAAAGCAAUUCAUAGACUGUAUUAUAUCGUAUUACUCCUCCAGUUAUUUCCACCCAGUAGGAACAGCUCGCAUGGGUCCCACCUGUGAUAAGCGUUCCGUUGUCAGUUCUAGAGAUCUGAAAGUGCUGGGCUUUGAGAAUCUGAGGGUUGUUGACGCUUCCAUUAUGCCAGACCUUCCGUCAGCAAAUACCAACGCCCCGACAAUCAUGAUUGCAGAAAAGGCUGCUGAUAUUAUCAAACGGAAUGACAACGACCUCGCACCUCGUCUAGACCAUAGUGACACCUGUUCUUCCUAG